ACACACAUAAACAGAUGGUACCUAGUUAACGGUGGGGUACGGUGACAUACAGGACACCAUGGAACUCACCUUGCUUCUCCUACUCUUCUUGCAAGACAUUGUACAAAGCUCUGCACAGUAUUACUGCGCUCUGCAGGAGAGAACGAUCAGAGUGACAGAGGGAGGAUCUGUUACCAUCCCAUGUACAUUAUCAUACCGUGAACAUGUGGGAGGGACAGCAGUGCAAAUUUACUGUUAUGAUGACGAAGAUGGGUAUUGUCAUAAAGUAAAGAAUAAUUAUGUUUCCUGCACACCUGAUAAAUAUAGAGGGAAUAUCUCCAGUGUGAGUAAUACAGCUGGACACAGCACAGAGUCAAUCAAAAUCUAUAACCUAAAUAGCAUGGAUGGUACAGUGAUUUGCUGCUGUGGGACUUUUAAUUACCAACCUCAACCAUAUCAUUCCCAUGCGUCAUAUGGGACACAUCUUCUAUUCAAUGAUCAGUUCUGGGUGGAUCAGUUGGAAGCUGUUACUGCUCUCAAAGGAGACAAUAUAACCAUUCCCUGUCAUAUUAAUUACCCAGCUGGAAGGAGCAUUACUGUACAACAAGUCACGUGGAAAAUGGGAGCAACUUGCAGCAGAGAUAAUUAUAUAAUACCAUUCCAAUAUGAUGCCAGGAUAAAUACUGAGCAUUUUUCUUUGUUGGAUUUUCCUAAUGAGGGUUCCCUGCAUAUUAAUAAUAUACAGAUGAAUCAUGGGCAGACUUACUGCUGUUCAGUGAUAACCAGUGACGGAGAAUUCAGUGCGAAACACGGCACAGAGCUGUUGAUUAGAGGUCAGCAUGAUUCAGAAUUCACUAUAAAUCAGCCUGAGGAAUCCUCCGCACCAAUAGGAGGCUCAGCCAACAUUGCCUGCUCAUACAAUACUCCCAUAAAUAAAACACCCUUGGAUGCUGUGAUUUACUGGAGAGCUGGCAGCCAUGAUGGACCUAUAGCAUAUCACCCCUCCACAUGGAUGGUUCAUUCCACUUACAGAGGAAGGACACAUGUGACACGGCAAGCAGAUCUACAGAUAAUGGGGGUACAAGACACAGACAGCUCUGUAUAUUACUGCUUUGUGACACUCAAAUUCUGUGUUGGCAAUGGUGUCAUUAACAAUCAUAUCAGCUAUGGAAAUGGAACCAGACUGAGCGUAACAGCUGCAAAUGAAAUACCAAUAUAUCAAAUUAUCAUUCCAAUCAUAUUUGUGUUCCUUCUGAUUGUCGUGGGUGGAAUUCUAAUCUUGAGAAAAGGAUUUCUUUGUAAGAAAGGACACAACACUACUGCCGUCCAGCAGAUUGUUAAUGAACCUGUGGUUGCCGGUGAUCCGUCCAAUGAAGGGACAAGAGAAGAAAUGCCAUAUGAAGAGAUUAAGGGAGGCAUUGUCUAUGCAGACUUGAAAAUGACCGAGUUGGAACCUGGACAAUCACGUUCUCAACCAAAUCAGAAAACAGAAAUUAUAUAUUCGUAUGUGAAAUGAUUUAUUGUAUUGUCCAUUUCCCCCUUCUCUUAUGGAGUCCUUUUUUGUUUAAAUAUUAAUGGAAUAGUAUCUUGAUAUUCAUUCCAAACAUGAAAUAAAAAGCUAUUUACACAAAAAACAAUCUAUUUAAAUAUCUCUAUUAUUAAGUAUCAAAACUAUAUAUUGAACACAUAAUUGUUGCAGAUAUUUCUCACAUAUGUAGGAUCAGCUGCCAGCAUCCACAAUGAUUUUGAAAAA